CAGUGUAUGGCGCACUGCCCAUCGAUUCACUAAGGGUGUGUGCACUGCGACCUGUGUUUGGAAUCGGGCUCCGUUGCCUGGCAACCAGCGCACGGGCCGAUGACGUGUAUCCCGCGGGAGCCGGCUCAGCCCUGUCACUUCCUGGUUGAGGUUCGGGAGCCGCAGAGUCUUCACCAUGUCCCACCAGACCGGCAUCCAGGCGAGUGAAAAUGUUCAAGAAACCUUUGCCAACGCUAGAAAUGGAAAAUACAGGCUAUUGAAACUAGACAUUGAGAAUGAGCAACUGAUGGUGAGCGUCACUGAAAAGCCUGCAAGUUCCUGGGAAAGAGAUUAUGACAGCUUUAUUUUGCCACUGUUAGAAGAUAAGCAGCCAUGUUAUAUCUUGUAUCGGUUGGAUUCUCAGAAUGCCCAGGGCUAUGAGUGGCUCUUCAUCGCCUGGUCUCCUGACUACUCUCAUGUACGACAGAAAAUGUUGUAUGCCGCAACUAGGGCAACUGUAAAGAAGGAAUUUGGAGGCGGACACAUAAAAGAUGAAAUUUUUGGAACAACUAAGGAAGAUGUUUCGCUUAGUGGGUACCAUAAAUACUUGGUCUGCAGAUCCUCUCCCGCCCCUCUUACUGCAUCAGAAGAGGAACUGCGGCAAAUAAGGCUGAAUGAGACUCAGACAGAGGUUUCCGUAGACACUAAACACCAGACUCUUCAAGGGGUUGCAUUUCCAGUAGAGAGAGAUGCGUUCCAGGCACUGGAUCAAUUGAAGAAUAAGAAGCUAAACUAUGUUCAGCUGAAAAUUGAUAUAAAAAAUGAAACCAUUGUGUUGGCGAAUACUGCGUACACAGAAGUGAAGGACUUGCCAGCAAGAGUUCCAAAGGAUGCUGCACGUUACCACUUCUUCCUGUAUAAGCAUUCCCAUGAAGGGGAUUACUUGGAUUCUAUAGUGUUUAUCUAUUCAAUGCCUGGGUAUAACUGCAGUAUACGAGAGCGAAUGCUUUAUUCCAGCUGCAAGAAUCCAUUGUUAGAUGUCAUUGAAAACCAACUAAUGAUUGAAAUUGUCAAAAAGAUUGAAAUAGAUAAUGGAGAUGAACUGACCUCGGAUUUCCUCUAUGAUGAAGUGCACCCAAAGCAGCAUGCACACAAGCAAAAUUUUGCAAAGCCCAAGGGCCCAGCUGGAAAGAGAGGCAUCAGGAGGAUUAUUAGAGGUCCUGCAGAAGCCGAAAAGGCCAAUGACUAGAAAAGUGCGGCAGGACAUUCGUGUGUGGAGAGGUGAAAUGUGUCCAUACCCCCUGUUGUUCUAUGCACACAACAUAAUUAGGUUUUAAGUUUGUCAUUCCUCCGAUCCUGGUCACUUUCAGCUUCUGUCCUUGGGCAUUUUGAUGGCUGCUCCAAUGUGUUAAGGUUACCUGAGAGUCCAAAGAAACAAAAAGGCAGUCAAUCCCUGCCCGCUCACUGGUGGUGCCAGUAGGUAUAGCAUAUGCCCCUACUUGCAGCCUUAGAACACCUACUGGUGGGCGGCCACUGGAGCAUGUACUUGUGGACAUCUGCUGCUUCAUUUUGCUUCUUUGAACCCCCGGAAAGCCCUUCUACGUGCACAUCUACGAAAACACAACUGGCCACUACUAAAAGAAGUAGGAGCACAUUACAAUGCACUAGUGAUAUGCAGAAGAUAAUGGGAAAUUGAAGGUAUCUCUAAUAUAUAUUUGUAUAUAUGGCAAUACAUGAUGUCUAAACUAUGAGAUCGUGAACUCGUAGAUUUCUUCAUGGGAUAUACCAAACAAUACGUAUUUCCUCCUUUCAGACGUUUGCAAUAUAGUUGAAUGAAACACUAACUUGUACAAUUGUAAUAUUUUACUAAAAUCAUAAAGCACACUAUGCAAUCAUGUUCUCCGUUACUCAUCAGCUUCUCACUGUAACUUUUGUACAGUGACCUACCGUACAUGAAUCCAUAAUCCCUAUGGCUAAGCCACUGCCACUUACAAAAUCACUCCCACUCCAGAGACCUUGGUGGUCUCUGGAUCCUUCACAUGCCACACAAUGCAGAUGGCAGCUAUACAGAACAAUUGUCUUUUUCUGGAUUGCAGGGAUGUCACCAGAAUAAGUUGAAUCCAAAUAAAGAGACACAAAUAUUACUAAUAUUUGAUGUUAAAGAGGACCUCUAACAUGUCUAUUUUAGUAACUGCUUGUAUCCCCCCCACCCCUUAUGUAAUAACAAUCCUGAAGCAUCUAUUCUUAUGGCUCUGUUAGACCAUUCCAUUAUUACUCCUUCUAGAACAGGCAUGCUCAACCUUUGGCCCUCCAGCUGUUGUAAAACUACAACUCCCACAAUGCCCUGCUGUAGGCUGUUCGGGCAUGCUGGGAGUUGUAGUUUUGCAACAGCUGGAGGGCUGCAGGUUGAGCAUGCCUGUUCUAGAAGUUAUGAAUGAAUUGCUAGCAGUUUGUGAUGAAGGUCCAGUGUUACCAGUUUGGGGGGGGGGGGGGUGUUAUCUGCAUAGUCUGACAUUAUCUAUAGUGCUGCCAGUGUCCAACUGUGCAGGGACACCCCCCUCCCCCAACUGGUAACACCCAUCUGGACCUUUAUUGCAGACUGCUGGGAAUUCAUUCAUGACUUCUAGCAGUAGUAAUAGAGGAAUGGCACAUCAUAGAGCCAUAAUAAUAGAGGCUCCACAUGGGGAUGCAAGUAGUUUCUCAAACGGGCAUGUCAGGAGAGGUGACAGGUCCUCUUUCAGGCAAUGAAGAGAAGUGCAAGGCUUCUAGCAGUAAUAACACUAUAAUAAGGCCUCAUGCACGCGGCUGUAUUUUUGGUCCACACCUGAACCAUAGUGUCAUCCAUGUGCCCGUCCCACAAAUAAUACAGGGAGUGCAGAAUUAUUAGGCAAGUUGUAUUUUUGAGGAUUAAUUUUAUUAUUGAACAACAACCAUGUUCUCAAUGAACCCAAAAAACUCAUUAACAUCAAAGCUGAA